AUGGCGAGUCUAGCAGCAGAAAGUGACGAAAUACCUACAGGCGUGCUAGGUCUAAUUUCGAGCUUUUUGAACACGGCCAGGGAUAUCAAACGGCGACUGAAUGAAGGUUUCCUUGGAAUGCAAACCGAGAUCACAGAGCUUCAGGGAGCACUAGCAACCAUGAGCAAUAGAAUUGUCGAUCUCGACACGGCUAUUGGUAUAGAAGCUAGUCCAUUUAACGGUAUCCAGUUGCGCCGUGUCGUGUUGCAUCCAGCAGAUAACGACGGAAGAUUGAGGCAGUUCUCUUGGGAGCUAUACGACAUCCUUGGACAGCACGUUUUGGGCAAUAAUACAUGGGACCACUCGUAUCUUACCACAUUUAAGCAGAAUGUCAUGCCUUUUGCUGACGGGCUGGUCGAUUAUAUGCGACAAACGGAAAACCAGCACAAGGCGAUUGCAUUGCUCGAGGAUGGUGUAGUCAACGAAUACCCAUUGAAAGCCUGUGCUGGAUACUGUGGCGCAUGGCUCAUCCUUGUCAGAGCUUUUUUUAUCAAGAAGAUCCCUAGCCAAGCAGGAGAGAGGACAAGUAUACACAGAAGUUUGCUGGAAAACUUAGAGCAAUGCAAUGUUUGUCUGGAGCCCGAGCUCCUUAAUCAGCAGCUGACCCAAGGCUCAAUUGAUCAGAAAAGCAUCACGGAAGAAGAUGAGCAGACCUGCCAAGCAAAUGAAGAAGAAAUCGAUGAUCAAAGCAGCACUAGUGACGAUGAUGAAGAAAAUUUCUUUAACGCUGACUAUGACACUCAGGAAGAUUGUGAUCACGAAAGUGAUAUUGAUGAAGACGAAGGCCCACUGUCUCUGGAGGCACAACUGACAUCAAGCGAGGAGGAUGAACAGGUCACACACCUGCCAACUACUAGUGGCAAACAAGCAAGAACGAAAGGAAAGUCGCCAGCGCAGAAGCAGCCAGCGCAGCGAAUAAAGCAGCUUGUCAACAAAGCAAGCAUCCCCAGAAAAAAAGAACGCUCUCCCGUCAUUUCAGAAAAACAGGAGCGCCUUAAAAGAAAUGUUCGUACAAAAAGCCCAACCCCGGUCGAUCCAGUCCCCACAAAACGUACUCGCGUCAUGCGUACAGUUGCGUCAAAAAUAUGAGCAUAUAAUAAAUAGUCUUGCAAUAUUCACGUUGCCCCAUCCAACCCAUUAAAAGCUCACUAAUAAAGUAAUUUUGUUCUAUCUCCCAUUU